AUGAGGCGACUCAAGCGGGGCGCCCGGCCUGUCACCAACUUUUUAAGGAACCUGUCGGCCUUAUCCAACUGGCACUCCGUCUACACCUCAGCUAUUGCCUUCAUUGUGAAAAACCCGGAGGAGGCUGAGGCGGAGGAGGAGGAUGAAGACGGGGACCGGGAGCCGGACUACCGAGACGUGGUGAUCAGGACCGACUCCAAGGUGAAGGAGCUGUACGACGUGGAGGAGAGGCUGGGAACGCUGGAGGACUCCCCACCGCAGCCCCCCCGGAAGCAGCAGUCCCCCUCCAACAACGGCACAGGCUGGAGGACUCCCCACCACAGCCCCCCCGAAAGCAGCAGUCCCCCUCCAACAACGGCACAGAUUUACAUGAAUGCUGCUUGGCACGGCUGGGCCAUCCCCAUGUUCCUGUUCCUGGCCAUCCUGCGCCUGUCCUUAAAUUACCUCAUCGCCAGAGGUUGGAGGAUCCAGUGGAGCAUCGUGCCUGAGGUCUCUGAGCCCAUGGAGCCUCCAAAGGAGGACCUGACUGUAUCUGAGAAGUUCCAGCUCGUCCUGGAUGUGGCCCAGAAAGCUCAGAACCUUUUUGGGAAGAUGGCGGACGUUUUGGAGAAGAUUAAGAACCUGUUCAUGUGGGUGCAGCCGGAGAGCACCCGGAAGCUCUACAUCUGCCUCUGGAUGGCCUUCAUCACCUCCUGCGUGUUUCCAUACAAGCUGAUGGGCUUCAUGAUGGGUGUUUACGCCGGCAUCAAGUUCUUCAUCAUCGACUUCCUGUUCAAGAGCUGCCCUAAGCUCCGGGACAAGUACGACACGCCCUUCAUCGUGUGGAACAGCCUCCCCACCGACCCGCAGCUCAAGGAGAGGACCAACGCCACCGUCUCCCGCCGGCCGGAGAAAACGGGCCGGCCCCUCCUCAUCCCGACUUUGAGGCUCCGCCCCUCUCCUGGACUCCAUUUAAGGGCCGUUAAAGGCACCACAGAGCGCGCCCAGAGGGAGGUGUGGAGCUCGCGGCUGCAGAAGUGGCUGUACGAGCGUUUCGGCGUCUACAUCGAGGACUUCCGCUUCCAGCCGGAGGAGAACACGCCUGAGGGGCGUUCAGCAGCGAUUGGCUGUCAGCUGAAGGUGGACGGCGUGUUGGAGAAAGUGAAAGCUAACACCUGA